AUGGAAGAAGAAAAUAUUAAAAUAAAGGUAAAGAGCAUAGAUAACCAAGAAUGUGAGUUUUGUGUAAAAAAAAACACAACAACAGAAGAAUUAAAGGGAAUGAUAUCAGAAAAAAAAAAUGUAGAUAUAAAUGAUAUAAGAUUAAUAUAUCAAGGUCAAUGUUUAUCAAAUACAAAAACAAUAGCUGAAUAUAAUAUCCAAAAUGAUCAUAUAAUACAUUUAGUAAUAAGAAAAAAAGAAAAUGUAAAUAAUAGUGCAUAUGAAAAAACAAAUCAAUUCAAAAAUAUAGACCAAGACAAUAAUAAUAAUAAUUAUGCUAGUAGUAGCACCCCCAUUAAUGAUCCUUUACAAUAUGGUUUUGCGUCCAACAUAAAUUUCAAUAAUGUUAAUAACAAUGGAAAUACUACAGAUAAUAAUAAUAGGCCAUUUGGUAAUACAACUAUACCUACAACUAAUAUUGGGGGUGCAACACCUCUUUAUUUUACACAUAUGAGAUUAACAAGAAAUGAUAAUUUGGAAAAUGAUAUAAUGAGCCAAACUAACAUGUGUUCACUAUUAAAUGAUAUUAUGAGUCAAGUUAAUAUUAAUCCGAAUUUUAUUUAUGGAGCAGCAGCAUCAGCAGUUAAUUCUGUUGGAUCUGGGGAAAACUUUUUUACUGCCAACAUCAGGCCCAAUGAUGCGAAUGUCAAUAUUAAUGAAUUUCGAGCUAAUAAAGAAAAAGACGCAAACAUUGCGAGUAGUCCGAACGUUGGUAACAAACAAAAGGACAUGGAUAAAGAUGAAACUGAAAAAGAAAGUGAAAAUAUAAGUAACGAGAUAAAUUGUAAUGAUGUGGAAAAGAGUGGAGAAAAAGGAACUAAUAAUAAUAAUAAUUGCGGAAAUGUAAAUUCAGAGCAUAAUAAACAAAAAAGUGAAAAACAAACGAAUAAUAAACUUCCAAAAGAAGGAAAAAAUAGAGAAAAAAAAAAUAAUAGUAGCAGUAGUAGUAGUAGUGAGAAUAGCAGUUAUGAAUAUAAUAAAAAUAACAAAGAAAGUGAUGAAGAUAAAAAAAAAAAAUUAAAAAAAAAAUUAAAAAAAAAAUUAAAAAAAAAAUAUAUGCAAAAAAUAAGAAAUAAAUAUAGUAGUGAUGAUAAAAUAAAUAAAUAUAAUGAAAAAAAUUUAAAAAAAGAAAAUAUUAAUGAUAUAUAUAGUUCUUCUUAUAAUAGCAAUUAUGAAUCAUCUUAUUCAGAAAAUUCGGAUACAAAAGAAAGGGAACUAGAUGAUGAAAAGAAAAAAAGACAUAAAAAUAAAAUCUUAGAAAAAUUGAGAAAAAAAAAAGAAAAAAAAAAAAAAAAAAAAUAUUAUUAUUCUACUAAUUCAUCAUCAGAUUAUGAUAAAAUAUAUGAACAAAAUGAAAAGAAAAAAAAAAAAAAAAGAAAUAAAGCCAAAUUUAUUUUUGAUCCAAAUCUUUUAUAUAAUCCAAAUUAUAUGCGUAACAUAUAUAGAGGUAUGUAUAACCCUGGACAAUAUCCCCCCUAUAUAACAAAUUUUAACAAUGGAAAUUCUUUGAGAGCAAAUACAAAUUUCAAUAAUAUUUUUAAUAAUAAUAGUAGUGUAUUCAGAAAUAUUCCUUAUCCAUAUAUUAAUGGAAACGAUAUGAAUAGGUCAAUGUUUUAUUAUGAUCAAAAAUGUGCAAAUAUAAGCGAAAAUGAAAAUUAUGUAAAUUUUAAAGAUGGUAUGCAUGAUGAAUAUGAAAACAUAAAGGGAUUUGUAAAUAAAAGAUUUUAUAAGCGAGAAGAAUUAAAUACUAAUGAUAAAAAAAGAAUAAUAAAUAUGAAUAAGAAUAAAAACAUUUCAGAUGCUAACAAUAAUAGUGAAAUUCUUUUUGGAAGUAACUUUUGUAAUAACAAUGUCCAUACAGGAAAUAGAAGCAUGAAUGAUGCACAGAAUUUGAUCAAAAAUUCAAACGAUUGUUUUACGGGUGGAAUAUUAAAUGGUGUAACUCCACAAAACAGCAACAAUACUACUACUACUAAUAAUAAUGUUAAUUCCAAUAAUAGAAACGAUUAUGCAAAUAUAAUACCUUUUAGUGAUGUCGAAAUUGUUAGAAAUAACUUAGUUCGAACAAAUUCAAGAGGCACAUUAAGUCAAGGGGGAGAAGAAUUAUCUGAAAAUAAUUUAAUAGAUGAACAUAUGAGAUCUAUUCAAAUGGCUAGUAAUAACAUAAGACACCUAAGAAGCACAUCAAAAUUAUUAAAUGAUGAAAAUGAUUUUGAAUAUAAAAAUAUCGAAUUAAAUAUUCCAUGGAGGAUAAUGGAGCAAUUGUUAGUUUUAUUAGAAGAAGAAACAGGAUAUAAACGACCUAAUUUAUCAUCAUAUAUUAAUUCUUAUUAUAAUACUAAUUCGAUUUAUGUAUUCUUUAAUUUAUUUGUUCAUAUUAAUAAUAUAAUAAAUAGUAUUAUAAUUCAAUUUAACCAUUCGAAUUUUUUAAAUAAUGAUAUAUCUAUGUCAUCCUUUUCAAGAAUAAGUAUAAUUUUAUCUUUAGCUUCUGUUAUUUUUUCAAGAUUAUCCAACUUUUUUUUUGUAUUUUAUGAUAAUUUUUAUUGCAACAAUUAUGGACGAAGUUAUAGAUAUUCAGAGCCAAUUAAUCAUGAAUAUUUAAGAGAGUUAAGAAAUUUUUAUUAUUCCAGUAAUAGAAAUAAUAAUAUUCGUAAUUCAAAUAUUUCAAAUUUUAAUUAUGAUCCAAAUAAUAUUUUUGAUAAUCAUAGAAUAAACCCUAAUAAAACAAAUUUACAACAAGAAUUUGAAGAAUAUUAUAAAAAUUAUUUAAGUGGUAUUGAUAUAAAUAUGAAUAAUAAUGUAUUAUUACGAAAAGAUCAUAAAAAUUUUAAGACAAAUAAUUUAGAUGACAAUAUAUUUUCACAAGAUAAUUAUAUUACUCACUAUAGAUUUAAAAAUAAACAUAAAUUAUCAAACAGCUUUAUGGAUCCAAAGGGAAAUAAAUAUAAUAAUAAUAAAUUUACUGAUUUAAAAAAUCAUUUAAAAACAGAUAAAGAUUGGAAUACGAAUAAUCCUUUUUCCACACUUCAAAAUUAUAACAAAAAGCACAACCCUCUUUUAUAUAUAAGUAAGAAAAAAAAAAAAGGAAAUAAAAAAAAUGGAGAACCCACCCAAAAAAAUGAUAAAGAUAUUAAUAAAAACCCUAGUAUAUGCAGUUCCAAAAAUAGUCAUAAUAAUAGUAGUAAUUUUGACAAUAAUAAAAAUAAUGAAUCUGAAAUUAAAAAAUUUCUUGAACCCAAUGUUGUAGAUUCUAGUACUCAAAACACAAAAGAUAAAGGAAAUUUUAUGAUUGAUAUUUUUAAAAAUAUCUUGAAAAAUGAGCCAGAAGAAAAAAUAACAGAAAAUAAUAUUAAUGAUAAAAAUUGUUUGAAAAAUACUGAAAAAACAAAUAAUAAUUUUCCUAACACAACUUUAGCAUGUUAUGAUAAUAAUAUGGAUGAUAUGUAUGGAACUUCUGACGAGGAAAAAGACCAAACAAAUAAUCAUAUUCAUAUUCAAUCCAAUAUAAUACCUCAAAAAGAUUCCACUAAUAAUCCUUUAUUUUCUGAACAAAAUGAAAAACUACAAGAAAAUAAUGGUAAACCAAAUGAUGAAAAAAACAAUAGUGUAGAUAUUCAAAAAAAUAACCAGGCAGUAGUUAAUAAUUUAUCGAUUCCAAAUAUUAAUUUUGCAAAUAUUUUAAAUGACGUUCAAAACCAGUUAGCUACUCAUAAGGCACCAGAGGCACCUCAGCGCGAUAAGUUUGACGGAAUACCCGAUAAAGUCAAAGAAAGAUAUGUAAACUGGACAGAAAACACUCAAAUAUUUUCUGGACAAAUGAUAAAAAUAUGCAGAAAUAAAAGGCCACUAAGUUAUGUAUACCUCGGUGAAAAUUCACUAAACGAAGAUAUUUCCUAUAACAACCCAUUACCUUUUUUAUGGAAAAAAAACAUGAGCAAUAUAAAUGCCAGCUUUGACCUAGAAAUACCAGAUGAAUUGGUGGAAGCAUUUGAUAUGCACAUUUUGGAAUAUGUACAAAAGUCAAUUAAAAAUAACGAGGACUAUAAAUUAGAAAAAUUUAAAUAUCCAAACCUUUCAAAAUGCGAAGAGUUUUUUGAUGAAGCUGACAAAAAUUAG